CCGGGUGCUGCGGGAGCUGCGUGGAGAGGCUCGCGGGAGGUCCGGGCUGCCUCUCGGGCGUCAUGGCUGCCGGGGGCUCUCUCAGCGCCUUCCGUCUCCCGCCGUUGCCCACGAUUCGGGAAAUCAUUAAGUUGUUCAGACUGCAUGCGGCGAAGCAGCUCUCCCAGAAUUUUCUCCUGGACUUGAGGCUCACAGAUAAAAUUGUAAGGAAAGCUGGCACUCUGACAAAUGCUUAUGUUUAUGAAGUGGGCCCUGGACCAGGGGGAAUCACGAGAUCCAUUCUCAAUGCCGGUGUUGCUGAACUUCUGGUGGUUGAAAAGGAUAGUCGAUUUCUUCCUGGAUUACAGGGAAGAACUAGAUGUGGAAUGUGCAGGUCCGAUGGUAGAUAUAUGUUAAGUUUUUGUGAAACUACCAAACUGUUUACAAGGCAGCUGUACCGUGUAACAUUCCCACCAGUUGUGCUUGAGAGUUCCAGUUGCUGCACAUGCUUGCUCACACUCGCACCUGGAAAACUGAGAAUUGUCCAUGGAGAUGUGUUGACAUUUAAGAUAGAAAGGGCUUUUCCAGAAAGUCUUAAAAGACACUGGGAGGAUGAUCCUCCAAAUGUACAUAUUAUUGGAAAUCUGCCUUUUAGUGUAUCAACUCCACUGAUCAUCAAGUGGCUUGAAAAUGUUUCUCGUAGAGAUGGACCUUUUGCUUAUGGCAGAACCCAGAUGACAUUGACUUUUCAAAAGGAAGUGGCAGAGAGACUUACAGCCACUACGGGAAGCAAACAGCGCAGUCGCCUUUCCAUUAUGGCCCAGUACCUCUGCAGCGUGCAGCACGUCUUGACAAUUCCAGGUCGGGCUUUCGUCCCCAAACCAGAGGUGGACGUGGGUGUGGUGCGCUUCACUCCCCUGACACAGCCCAGGAUAGAGCAGCCGUUCCAGCUGGUGGAGAAGGUCGUUCAGAACGUAUUUCAGUUCCGAAGGAAGUACUGCCAUCGAGGGCUUGGAAUGUUAUUCCCUGAAGCUCAGCGCGUAGAAAGCACUGGAAAACUGUUACAGUUGGCAGAUGUGGACCCUACCCUCCGACCCAGCCAGCUCUCUGUCUCCCAUUUUAAGAGCCUCUGUGAUGUGUACCGGAAAAUGUGUGAUGAAGACCCACACCUCUUCGCUUAUAAUUUCAGAGAAGAACUCAAGCAAAAUAAAAGCAAAAACCAGGAAAAAGAGGGUGAGGAGAGUUACAGACUCCAGCUGCCUCCUUAGGGGCUAGCAGCUUACUGAAUGCUGAUUUUCACAAUGCUGAACCUCUUAUGUGUGUACUCUCUUGUCUUCUACAGAAUGACAAUAAAAAUACCAAUUACCAGA